AUGGGUAUGUGUUAAAACAAGCCAGCAGAAUAUACAUCUACAUUACCAAGCUUCAAAGAUGUAAUGCCAGAAGCAGAUGACGAAGAUGACAAAAUUGGAGAAACUACACAAUUACCGAUUGAAGGUGAGAGUGCUGAUUCCAAACAAAAGUUAAAUUUAGAUGAUUUUGAGUUGAUUAAGGUGAUUGGCCGAGGAUCAUUCGGAAAGGUGUUGCUAGUUAAAAAGCGUGAUGAUCAAUAAUUAUUUGCAGUCAAAAUCUUGAGGAAGAAAAUGCUGAGUAAGAAGAAAUAGCAAGAUCAAGCAAUUAAGGAGAGGAAAAUCAUGUCAUUGAUAAAUAGCCCUUUCAUGGUGAAAUUACAUUAUGCAUUCCAAAGUCAUUCACGUCUAUACAUGGUUAUGGACUUUAUGCAAGGAGGAGAACUCUUUCUCCACCUUAGGAAGAGAUUUAAAUUUCCAGAAGAUUGGGUUCAAUUUUAUGCUGCUGAAUUGUUGGUUGCAAUAGACCUACUCCAUUAAUCCAAUAUAAUAUAUAGAGAUUUAAAGCCAGAAAAUAUUUUAUUGGACAAGAAUGGCCACAUAGUAUUAACAGAUUUUGGGUUAUCAAAACUGGGUUUUGAGAAAAAUGAGAUGACAUAUUCAUUUUGUGGAACACCAGAAUAUGUAGCCCCAGAAAUUCUAUAUCAAAGGGGACACACAUUUGUAGUUGACUUUUAUAGUUACGGUGCCAUGAUUUAUGAGAUGCUUUGUGGAUCUCCACCAUUUUAUUCUAAAGACAAAAGAGAAAUGCUUAAAAAUCGAUGCGAGAAACCUCUUGAAAUGAAAUCUUGUUUUUCAUUCUAUGCAGCCUCAUUACUGAAGGGAUUAUUGACUAAAGAUCCAGGGUUGAGACUAGGAUCGAAUGGAAUUUAAGAAAUAAAAAAACAUAAUUUCUUCAAUGGAAUUGAUUGGAAAUUGGUAGAGCAACGCAAAUUGCAACCACCUAUCAUUCCUAAGAUUUAACAUGUUUAAGAUUUAUAAAAUUUUGCUCCAGCUUUCUUAUAAUAACCUAUAAUGGAGACUCCGGAAUCAGUAUCAAAUGAAUAUUUCGAAGGGUUCACUUAUCAAUAGGUAAUCUGA